AUGAGAGUAUUGAAGCAUCAGCACACUGCACGCAAUCGUUACAUUCAUCUCGUACCAGCUGAAUCAUCACCAAACUCAGUACCUCCACCACCCUCCAUAUCCCACCCAUCGCCAGUUGACCAACAGUCUCUCGACGAAAUUGCUUAUUUUCUCCAUGCAGGGCUGGUUCUGAACUAUUGA